AUGCCCCGCAUCCUAGUUCUCAACGGUCCCAACCUCAACCUCCUCGGCAACCGCGAGCCGCAAAUGUACGGCUCAACUACGCUCUCCGACAUCAUUGCCACCCUCACAGCCCAAGCGUCCUCCCUUUCUAGCACCAUUGAGUCCUUCCAAUCCAACCACGAGGGCGCGCUAGUCGACCGCAUCCACCAGGCCCGUGGCAACAUUGAUGCCAUCAUCAUCAACCCCGGUGCCUUUACGCACACUAGCGUCGCCAUACGCGAUGCCCUUUCUGGAGUUGACAUCCCCUUUGUGGAAGUGCAUAUUUCCAAUGUCCACGCUAGAGAAGAGUUUAGAAGACAUAGCUACUUGAGCGAUAAAGCGGUAGGGGUGAUUUGUGGGCUGGGUGUAUACGGUUUUGAGGCUGCGUUGGAGUUUGCGGUUCGACAUGUUAAGAAGGCUUCACGGUUGUAG